AUGGACAAGCGGCAAGUUCAUGGUUGGAGUGCAAAGCAACCACAAGCAUCAGCACAAGCACAAGCACAGGCACCAGCACAAGCACAGGCACCAGCACAAGCGCCACAGCCAUCUCAGCAGCGUCAUGGCUGCACUCCACAUGCUGCUGUACAGCAAGGGGAGAGGGCCGGACUGCACCGAGAUUCUCAGCAACGCGAGCCACAGACAAGAGAGAAGCGAAGCGCCCUGGAAACCUCGCACGAGUCACUCAUGAUCACCCCGUUGCGGCGGUCCAGACCAGUGCUGAGCGCGCGGCCACGCGGUACCAUGGACAGAUCCAUGCUUUCCCCAGUUACGGAGGAACACACUGCCAGCAAGGCUGAUGGCAGUGGAAGUGCACAACCACGGCGUCGGCAGCCACCAGUCCCAUUUCGUCCGCACAACCUUCGCAUCAAUGUACAGGGCGGUGGCGGCGGCGACGAGACUGUUGCCGAUGACGCCGACAGCAAAGCGAUGGUGCUCGAUGUGGAUGAUGUUGCAAAUGAAGACAUUGCAUGCAAGCGAUCAAAAUGCCUGGACUCCAGCCCCAUCGGGACCUACAGCAGCACUUCAUCACUGCGCAGCGAUCACGUCACGCCAUUUGGCUCCCCAGAUGAAAAGGCACAAGAGCAAGAGGCAAAGAGCAUUGCCCGACAACAACGAAUGCGAAUCUUGCAGGAAGUCGUCGACACAGAGCGGACAUAUGUCAACGGCAUUGAGACGAUGCUGGUCCACUUCAAAGUGCCCAUGGUCACAAGCAGCGCAAUCUCACUUGAGGAUGCGCAACGGCUGUUCCCCAGGUCCCUGGACAAGCUCUUGGAAACGCACAAGCAGCUGCUGGAACAGCUGCAGACGCGGUUUCAGCUCUGGCCAGCAAACACAGACUCGCACGCAGCUGUGGUCGGCGAUGUUUUUGGACGCGGACUUGCAAGUCGGGCGUUUUUCCAGCAAUACACGGAAUACGCGCGCGAAUUUAUCGACAGCAUGCAGCACCUGGCAAAGCUGACGCGCACCAACAGCAACUACGUUGGCUUCCACGACGACAUUGUGCGUCUGAAGCCUGGGCGACUCGACUUGGCUGCAUACCUCCUCACACCAAUCCAGCGCCUGCCACGCUACAUUCUCCUCAUCACAGAGCUCAUCAAGGUCACGCCUUCUGAUCAUCCUGAUCACCAGCAACUUUGCACAGCAUUGGAGAAAAUCAAGGUGCUGAUGGAUCAACUCAACGACAGCAUCACCAAAGGCCAGGAGCUGGUGGACGCAUUUCGACGCCAGGGAAAAACAAGGCGCCCGCCAGGAAAAGGGAGACGAAAGCGGCGGCCAAUGUCUCUUACGUCGACACUCACCAUCAUGGCGGAAUUUGAGCGCCGCUGUCAAGACGACGAGCACAAGGAAAAUGCAGCGAGCAAGAGGGGGUCGUCGCAUUCCGAGGGCAGCGGUGUUGCUGAAGAGCUGGCCGCUGCACACGACACGCAGGGCAGGAUUGGCACGCUUCCUUCGCGCUGGAGUACGAGCAUGGCACAGAUGCGCACUGCGGGCGGCGCAAAGCGCAUGAGCGCGGGCAACUACGAAGAAGAAGUGGCAAAGAAGGCAGCUGGCCCGGCCAACCGCCGUGGCAGACCAUUCGCCUUCAAGUUUACGGGCGGAUUUCGAGACAAAGAGAGCAGGCAGGACGGGCGACCACAGUCGUGGUGGCAGCGCGCGCGCUCAUCUUCGCUCGGCAGGGCAAAGUCAACGACAAGUGUUGCGGAAGCAGCAGCAACCGGUUUGCAGGACGCGGACAGGCAGACUGGUGAGAGCAGUGGAGCAAAGCAGAACGAGAAGGCGGGCCUGACUUUUGAAGGCGCAACAGACCCCACGAAAGAUGCUUCAUCCACAGCACAGCAGAGCUCCCAAGCGCGAAGUGCCAUGAUGCAACUGGCUGGUGUGGCUGCGACACACAGUCGGCGCGGCAGCGACAGUGGCGCCUCCAAGGCGAAAGCGGCCGCAGCGCUGGUGGCCCAAACUCAUGCUACAACUACCACACACGUGCGCCAGACCAACAGCAGCAGCAGCAGCAGCAGCAGCAGCAGCAGCAGCACGGACAACAAUAAAACACAAAACAACAGCAGCAACAGCAACCAGAGGAAGAGUUCUGGGUAUGACAGCAAGCUUGCUGGUGCCGGUAACAUGCACCAAGUACACAGGCAGCGUGCAAAGCAUGCAGACGGCACGCGCCAUCAGCCGUUGCAACAAAUCUCCAACGUCAUCGACACCCGGCAACAGCAGGCACAGGAGAAGGUGGUGAUCAGUCGGCCGUAUCAGUUCCGCCACGUGCAAUCUGGAACGGGCGGGCUGAAGGCGUUGAAGGAUUCCCCGCGCCAAAGAACAAACGCUGUGCGCCAUCUACUUGUUGCACCAGCAAAGGCAGAGGAAGCGAGCAAGCAUGUGGAGAUUACCCGGGCACAUCGCAGCCUGUCACAUGGCGACUUGAGGCAGAUUGCGGUUGUGAAGGAGCAGUCUAUGGUUGGGAAGGGCCAACGCACGCGUCGUGCCGAACACGCAACGGAGCCGCGACAGCAGCUGCAGGAAGAGGAAGGCCAGCAGCCGCGCAGUCGACUGUCCAGCGCAAACAGCAGCUUGAUGAGCAGCAAGCUGGCUCUUUCUGCCACCCCCUCGGAAACGGCAUCACCGGUUGUGCACCUGUUUCGGAAGCCGGAGCGCCGCGGAAACGCUGCCGGAAAGCGCCUGCUGCUGCACCAACACACGCAGCAGCAGCAGCAGCAGCAGCAGCAGCAGCAGCAGCAGCAGCACCAACAACGGCAACAGCAACAACGCUCGCAUCCGUUUGGUGUCAUCCAGCGUGGCGGCCGCCCGGAACCACGCCGCCACCCGCGCGUCGCCGUGCUGGGCUCCGCUGGCGCCAAGGAUGGAGAUGAGCACCACCACCAACCACAUCCACACCACCACAGUGAACACCACCACCCACAGCAGCAGAAACAGCAACAGCAGCAGAUGAGGGUGUAUGAUUCGCCGCGGCACUACUCGAGCAGUGCGAGUCGUAAGCAGGAGCAGCACCGCGGCGCGCUCAUUGUUGAGGAUAUCGGGGAGGAGGAGUGCCUUGAAGUCAAGGCCGUCCGUGGUCGUGCAUCGACGCAGCCCGAGUCUGGUGUGCGUGUCACGCUCAUCUAGUGGUGAUGUAUUGCUGUUGCUUUGGGGCGAGGGUGAGCGGAGCGAAGGCGCUGGGGGGGGAUAGUGCCAACCUCACUGUUGCCUUGAA